GAAGAUAACCAUGAGUACCAAUAUUGCAUCUAUAGCACCACUAAAUCUUCAAAUGAAACAAAAGAAUCCGUUACAGCUGAUUCCAUUAUCGGCUCUUUUGAAUUUGAAUAAAGCAUUGAAAAAAACCGUGUUAAGUCGGAAAUUUUACCAGGAAAUUAGUGAUAAAGUUUUAUCCAGUGCAAGCACUAUUGAUGCUAAUUUGUACUUCCUAUGCUAUUUGGCUUUACUAGUAUCGAGUAUCUUGAAUAACAAGCCAAAAAUCAGGCAUUUUUUAUUGACCCAAAGAUAUAACUUGAUUCAGGUUUUACAAAAAGUAUCAUCUUCGUACUUGAAUGUUGACUUGAAGAACUCGUCCAAUAAAUCGGUGGCCGGUUUUUUCAAUACUCCAAAACCCGUUUAUAAAGAAGCCGAAGGUGAUGAACCGGUUUCGAAGCUUGCUGUUCAUUUGAAGUCAAUUUAUUCUUAUAUCUCGGACGUUAGGAUAUUCAAUCGUCUUUUUGAUUCUAUCAAGUAUAUGCCUUGGAUUAUUGACGAGUUCACCAGUUUUAUUGAUCCAGCCCAUGCAUCACCCAAGGCGGACCGCUUCAUUAACCUUCUACAAUCACUCAACUGUUUAGUUUUGGAAUUGCUAGAAAACGCUGGUUGGUUAACAGACCAUAAUUGGGUUGGAACCUCCGAUAACAACUAUUGGUGCAUUGAGACUUAUAUAUGGUGUUCAAGAGUUUGGGGAUUAUACAUUUUUUUAGAAAUUGUUGAAUUGUUUAGAAGAGUUCCAAUCUCCAAAUGGGAUUCCAAGUGGAGAAUUAGCGUUUUCAAACAAGCUGUUCAACUUCCAAUGGCAGUUCAUUGGUCAUUAUACGAAGGGUGUGUUAGUCCAUUUUGGAUUGGUGCUCUUGGAUGCGGAGCGUCAUGGUUUGGUUUUAGAGACUUAUGGAAAUCAAUUGAUUUGAGUUAACAAUGAUGCAUUACCUGGAUGAUUCAAUCACCAACUAUAUAAAUAUAUAUAUACUUAGGUAAUAAGAUAAAAAAAAAAAGACUAAUGUAC